CAGGUUACAAGCAUGACUGAGGCAGGGAGUGUGUGGGGCAGGAUAUAAGGGUGUGCAUCUGGUAUGCGGGAGCAGAGCAGGGGGCUCAGGAGGUAUAUGGGGCAGAUGAGCAGAGGGGUUGUGGGGCAGAGGAGCAGAGCAGGGGGCUUGGGAGGCAUAUGGGACAGAGGAGUGGAGGGGUUGUGGGGCAGAGGAGCAGAGCAGGGGGCUCAGGAGGUAUAUGGGGCAGAGGAGCGGGCUCAGGAGGUACAUGGGGCAGAGGGUGUGUGGGGCACGGGAGCAGAGCAGGAGGCUCGGGAAGAAUAUAGGGCAGAGGAGCAGAGGGGUUGUGGGGCAGAGGAGCAGAGCAGGGGGCUCGGGAGGUAUAUGGGGCAGAGGAGCAGAGGGGUUGUGGGGCAGAGGAGAAGAGCAGGGGGCUCGGGAGGUAUAUGGGGCAGAGGAGCAGAGCAGGGGGCUCGGGAGGUAUAUGGGACAGAGGGUGUGUGGGGCAGGGGAGCAGAGCUGGAGGCUUGGAAAGUAUAUGGGGCAGAGGAGCAGAGGGGUUGUGGGGCAGAGGAGCAGAGCAGGGGGCUCGGGAGGUAUAUGGGGCAGAGGAGCAGAGGGGUUGUGGGGCAGAGGAUCAGAGCAGGGGGCUUGGGAGGUAUAUGGGGCAGAGGAGCAGAGCAGGGGGCUCGGAAGGUAUAUGGGGCAGAAGAGCAGAGCAGGGGGCUCAGGAGGUAUAUAGGGCAGAGGAGCAGAGGGGUUGUGGGGCAGAGGAGCAGAGCAGGGGGCUCGGGAGGUAUAUGGGGCAGAGGAGCAGAGCAGGGGGCUCGGGAGGUAUAUGGGGCAGAGAAGCAGAGGGGUUGUGGGGCAGAGGAGCAGAGCAGGGGGCUCAGGAGGUAUAUGGGGCAGAGGAGCAGUGGGGCAGAGGGGUUGUGGGGCAGAGGAGAAGAACAGGGGGCUUGGGAGGUAUAUGGGGCAGAGGAGCAGAGCAGGGGGCAGGGGGCACGGGAGGUAUAUGGGGCAGGGAAUGUGUGGAGCAGAGUGACAGAAGCAAUGAAGGAAGAAUGCAGCCUGGGUAUCUAA